UCAUUCUGUGCCUCACAACGCAUAGCAAACGGAAAUGCCUUGCCAUAUGCUUUCAGCGCAUGCGAGUAGCCUUUAUCCGCAUGUAAGACCAUUAUUCCACCUUGGAUACUGGAUUGGAUUGGACAGCAAACGCACUCGGCGAGGCUUUCGACUUCUGCAGCAGGCCGUAAAACCAUGGAAUCAUCCAUGACUUGAUGGAAUAUUGCUUGUACAAUGCCGCUAUAAUAUUUUCUUUAGAAAUGAACCGAACAUUCCAGCGUUUAUCCUUUUUGUCGCAUUUCGUUGUAUGAGGAUUCACGUUCAAAACGAAGUCGUUUGUAGGACAUUCAUUUAACCUCACUUAAUAUCAAUCCGACGGUCAUUCAGGGACUAUCUAUUGAUCAGAAUCUUGUUAUUUCCCCUGUCAACUUCAGAAUAUCUAAAUUGCUCUUGUGUGAAUGGAAAUUUGGUAUGGCAUCCCUUAUUGAUGACCCACGGGUUACCCGUCUCAACCGUUUCUUUAAUGAUGUGAUAUAUGAACGAAGAACUAUGUCGUCCGCUCGGGAUGGGAAGACUUUCAUAGAAGCCAUUUGUUCUCAAAAGGACCCAGCAUCAACCGUAUACAAAGUACUGUCAAGCUCGGGAGGCCUUAGUGCAAUACAAGCAUCCAUGCGCUUCGACACAACACCCUCAUUCAUCAAUGAAGAUGCCGUUCUGUUACUUGGCUACCUACAAGAACCAUCCUUGAGAACCAUCAAUUCCGGGUUGAGUUUGUCGGAGGUGAUCACUGCAAUAGUCGAGCCUCCGUUCUUCUGGGAUGGAUUCAUGCGAGCAUUUCGGGCCGGAGAACUAAACCCUCAGGCCUCAUAUGGUUUUGCUUGGCUCCUACUGGAGCUAAUUAACCGGCCUGGACAAUCACCAACAACUUAUUUACUUGUCGCCAAAUCCGCUGGAAUUCUAGAUUCCAUUCUAAAAUCUUCCGAUGGAGAAACUCGAAAUCUUGGCCAGAAAAUCAAGCACACCCUGUCUCUAGAUGUCUCAGAUUUGGAUAGGAAUCGUGAAGUUGGGCCAGGCGGAAGGCACAACAACGAUCAUGCAAAUCACCGGGAUAUUUCGAUCAUGCCUACAGCAGAUGAGCUAUUGUCCAAAGAACGACCUUUCUUGCGUACCCCGGACACAUACCUCAGGGACAUGGAUUCGGCUCGCCUUGGAAUUCACAUUGAUAACCAAUUCAGGCUUUUAAGAGAAGAUAUGCUCGGGGAAAUCAGAGAUGAGAUCCAAAAAUUUCAAGGCUUGAAGUCGGGAAGACACCGUGGUCUGACUUUCGACAAUAUCAAAAUAGAUGAUAUACAGAUCGGGGAUGAUAAGUUCCGAGAACCUUGGGGGCUGAAGUUCCGGUGCGAACAUGAGCUACCGUUCCCGAAAAAGUUGGAAUCCAAAAAGCGGGUUGAAUAUCUCAAGGAAAAUCGGCAGAUCCUUAAGCAAGGAUCUACUGGAUGUCUGUUUAUAGAUGGUCAACCCGUCGCAUUUCCUAUAAUUAACCGGAUCGAAGAAGAAUUAGCAAAAUCUCCAGCGAAGAUAGUCUUGCAAUUUGAAGAUGAGACAACCGUAUCGGAGGCGUUGGUGAAGCUAAAGACAGCGCAAAAUAUAAAGUUCGUGCAAAUAGACACAUCUGUCUUCGCUUUCGAACCAUUUCUCAGAAGACUACAAGAGAUGAAUAAUGUUCCUUUGGCUGAAGAACUUCUCUCAUGGAGUGAGGGUCAACGUGUCCAGGGGCCUCCGUUCCAGCCUUUACGACUCAAACAACAUAUCCAAAAAAGCACUGGUAAAGAUCUUUCCUCUUUGAUUGGGACUCAGAAGCCAGUCAUUCUCGAUGAAUCCCAGACGAAUUCUCUGCUCGCUAUCUUAUUUCAGAGGGUGAGUCUGGUUCAAGGGCCACCAGGUGCGUAUUCAAUACCUUUUAUGUCCAAAUUGAUGCUAACGAAAUGAUUUUAGGCACGGGAAAAUCAUUCAUUGGAGCUUUAGGUGCAAAAAUACUUCAUGAUUUCACGUCUCAAACCAUUUUGGUCGUCUGCUAUACAAACCAUGCGCUGGAUCAAUUUCUCGAAGACCUUCUGGACAUCGGGAUUCCAUCUUCAAAUAUGAUCAGACUUGGAUCAAAGUCCACACCUCGAACAAAAAAACUAUCUUUACGCGAACAAGGGCCGUCUAAAGGGUCGGGAAAACUCAAUAGUUCACAAUGGGACCGAAUUCACAAACUUGAAUCAAGUCUCAAUCAGCACAAGACAAGAUUAGAACGCGCGUUUAGAUGGUAUCACUCGAAUCAAGUAAGCAAGCAACAGAUAUUGGAUUACCUCGAGUUUCUGCCUGAUGAUAUUCCAUUUUUUGAUACGUUCAAGGUGCCCAUGGCCAAAAAGGAUGAUAUGACCCAGGUCGGAAGAAAAGGAAAGGCCGUGGACAAGUUCUAUUUGUUGAAUAGGUGGAUCAGGGGUGUGACGGAUGCAGGGAGUCUCCGAUAUACUCAACCCAAACGCUCAAACGAAGUAUGGACAAUCAGUCCAGAGUCGAGGGAUGCGAUUGUCUCAGGGUGGAGGUUAGCUAUUAUAGAGGAGAUGGUUGAAGAAAUGCUUAAAAUCGGCAAGCAGUUCAAUGAUGAGCAAGCAGAAAAAGAGAGUAUCUUCGACCAGAGAGAUAUUAGCACAAUCAAAUCCAAGAGAAUUAUUGGCUGCACAACAACUGCCGCUGCAAAAUACACGUCGGCAAUUCAGAUUGCCUCUCCUGGGGUAUUAUUGGUUGAAGAAGCUGGAGAAAUUCUCGAGGCUCAUAUCUUCACAUCUUUGGCAAAGGACACGCAGCAACUGAUCCUCAUCGGAGACCACAAACAGCUUCGCCCGAAGUGCAAUACAUACGGCCUAAAGGUGGAACAAGGAGACGGCUACAACCUGGACAUGUCCUUGUUUGAGAGAUUGGUUCUUGAUGGAUUUCCACAUGUCACGUUGACUAAGCAACAUCGUUCUAGACCAGAGAUAUCGUCCAUUAUUAGGCAUAUUACAUAUCCAGACCUGAUCGAUGCCGACUCUACGCACAAUCGAAAAAAUAUUCUUGGCGUCCGAGACAACCUUAUCUUUAUAGAUCACAGAUCUCCUGAAAACGAUAUAAAAGUCAAAGCAAUGAGGGAUAAUGUCGACUCGAGUUCAUCUAAGCAGAAUGAGUAUGAGGCCAACAUGAUCUUGAAAUGUGUGAAGUAUCUUGCUCAACAAGGGUACGGGUCUGAGAAAUUGGUGGUCCUAACACCAUAUGUCGCCCAGCUCAAAUUGCUGCGUGAAAAGCUGUCAAAAGAGAAUGAUCCUAUACUUAACGACUUGGACAAAUAUGACCUCAUCCGUGCUGGCUUGUAUGUUGACGCAGGUGCUAAGGCUUCAAAGCCUUCACUCCGUAUCUCUACUGUCGGUACGUAUUACUCUUAUUUCAUUCCUUCCCUAUCAAGAUCUUCUUUCAGCCCUUGUUUCAAAAGCAACUUCAUUUGUUAAAAAUUGUCGACACAUCAGAAUGCUUUGUGAAACAAUCAUUGAUCCUGAGAAAUUUUCUCAUGAAACCUUUUUUAACCUGUAUUAAUUCGCACACCGUUAAUAUACCACUAAUUCCAAUCAAGAUAACUACCAGGGUGAGGAAAGUGAUAUUGUUCUCGUCUCAUUGACUAGAAGCAACUCGAAUAAUGAUAUCGGUUUCUUGUCUCAGCCUCAACGACUCAACGUCUUGGUUUCGCGAGCAAGAAACGGGCUGAUCAUGGUCGGUAAUUCUGACACCUUCGUACAUGCUCGGAAAGGAAAAGAUCUAUGGAAGAAGUUCUUCGAUUUAUUAUCAGCAUCAGGACAUGUGUACCAAGGAUUCCCCGUGAGAUGCGAGAAUCACCCGACUAGGGUGAUAAAUUUGUCGACACCAGAAGAUUUCGAAAAGCAUUGUCCCGAUGGAGGAUGCAAAGAGCCUUGGUGGGUCACUCUACUUGUGGUACUUUUACAGGCUGCUAAUCGUUUAAUCAGUGGUGCUCUGAUGAAAUGCAAAAUUCAUCAUUGCCCCAGUAGUUGCCAUCAAAUAUUCGAUCACUCUAAAAUGCUCUGCAAAGUGAUUUUAGAGCACAAAUGCCCCGAUGGCCAUACAAACAAGUCACUAUGUCAUCAAGGUCUUCCAUCAAUGUCCUGCCCCAAAUGUGUGAAGGAAAAACGAGAUGCGGCUGAACAAGCACAGAAAGACUUCGAAGAACAAUUACGGUUGGAUGAAAUAAGUCAAAAACAUCAGAAAGAACUCAAAAAGGUUCAAAACGAAAUUGACAACGCGCAACAAAAAUUUCGAGACGCUCGGUUGAGAUCAGAACAAGGAAAAGUUUUAGCACAAAAAAGAAAGGAUUUGUCUGUAAUGAUGGACCGUAAUGAUCAAAUAAAAUCAGACGCGCAACGACAUUCAUCGCCUCCGCUAUCAAAUCCUUGUCCCAGUCCUACGACCACCAGCCCUGUGCCGCUGCAAGACAUACCAAAACCAAAACUGCCAGAUAAAAAGAAAAAUCUUCAGGAGCAUCUUCAAAUUUGCCUUGAUCAUAAUGUUUCAGCAUCAAAAACCGAUUGGCAAAGACAAAAAGAUCAAGAGAAUGCUAGAAAUCCAGCGAUAGAUAAGAUUAUAGAAAUGAUCGGGCUGGAGGAUGUGAAAUCCCAAGUUCUGCGGAUUAAAGCCAAAGUCGACACAUCAAAACGUCAGGGAACGGAUCUCACCAAAGAAAGAUUUGGACUAGUUUUAUUAGGAAACCCUGGCACAGGUAUGUCUUCAGUCUCAUUUAUAUUCAGUAUUUCAAACAACCCAAAUUACCUGGGAUGUAAUUUUUCGAUAUUCGGGCUGCUUUCAAUAUUUGGGUACAAUUCAAUGAUCCAAAUAGUUUGAAUAUUCUGAUUGGAUUCAAUAUUUAAGAAAUAGUAGAAACUGAAGAUUAUUCGAUUUUACAUUUGAAUGUUUUUAUUUGGAUUAGAGACCCACAAGCUCAUUGUCGGACUGCUACCGCGGGCCAUUGGACACAGUUAUGGUGGUAAAUUUUCUAAUUUUAAAUAGGGAAAACAACUGUAGCGAGGCUCUAUGCGAAAGUUCUAACAACACUUCAGGUUCUUCCUGGUGAUGAAUUUGUUGAGACAACGGGUAGCCAUCUUGCAAAUGGUGGAGUCAAUGAUGUCAAAAAGCAUCUGGCAAUUCUUGAAGCAUCACAAGGGGGAGUUUACUUUAUUGAUGAAGCCUACCAGUUAACGGAAGGGCACAAUUAUGGUGGCAAAGCUGUUCUCGAUUAUCUACUUACAGAGAUUGAAAAUCUUGUGGGCAAAGUAGUUUUCAUCUUUGCCGGGUAUCGCAAGCAAAUGGAAAAGUUCUUUGAGCAUAACCCCGGAAUAUCAUCUCGUCUACCAUACACACUUCGUUUUGAGGACUAUACUGACUCGGAGCUUCUUCAAAUGUUGCAGUCCAAGAUCCAUAAAUUCUAUCAAUUCCCUAUGAAGAUAGAAGACGGUCAGGACGGGCUUUUUAUGCACAUUGCAAUCCAGCGCCUGGGCAGAGGGAGGGCUCGAGACGGUUUCGGAAAUGCAAGAGCUCUUGAGAAUAUGUUUGCAAGGAUUCGAGAACGUCAAGCCGAUCGACUCACGAAGGAACGUAAGAAAGGCCUCAGUCCAGACGACAACCUAAUUUCUAAGGAAGACCUAAUCGGGCCAGAUCCAUCCCAGGCAAUUCUCGAUUGCGAAGCUUGGAAUCGGCUACAAAGCCUCACGGGUUUGGACUCAGUCAAAGAGUCCGUCAGAGGCUUAAUUGAUAUGAUCAAGACCAAUUACGAACGAGAGCUUAAAAAAUUGCCUCCUGUGAACACAUCACUCAACCGGGUAUUUCUGGGCUCUCCAGGCACAGGCAAAACUACGGUAGCUAAGCUUUAUGGUCGAAUUCUCUCAGACCUUGGUCUAUUGAGCAAUGGGGAAGGUGAGUGAUAAUAUUAUAGUUCAAUUUGCUUUAUUACCAGAGAUCUCAAAAGUCUGAAAUUUGGUCGAUAUUCAAUCUGUCUGAAAACUCAAAUAUUCUAGUCCUGUGAAUUUUUGAUUACAAUCGAACCUCCAAGUGGAUUUGAGAUUGCAAAUUAUCCGUAUCAUAUUUGGCACUCAAGCAUUUUAUUCGUUUUCGAACUGCAGUCUGGAUUUUGCAAGCCCGACUCCUCAGACCAAAUAGCAGCCUUUUGAUUUUUAUAUUCUGAGUUAAGAUGAAUUAUUCUAACAAGCUCUAGUCAUCACAAAGAAUCCCGCUGAUUUCAUCGGAAGUGCCAUGGGGCAAUCCGAGGAGAAUACUAAAAACAUUCUGGCUAGCACAGUUGGAAAAGUUCUGAUCAUUGAUGAAGCAUACAUGCUUUACUCCAGCUCUGAUAAGGGUGGUGGCGGCGCUGACAUGUACAGAACAGCCGUCAUAGACACAAUCGUGGCCGAAGUGCAAAAUGUACCGGGUGAUGAUCAGUGCGUGCUGCUUCUCGGUUACGAAGACAAAAUGGUUGAGAUGUUUCAAAAUGUGAACCCGGGCCUUACCAGACGUUUCGCACUCAAAGACGCCUUCAAUUUCGCAGAUUUUAAUGAUCAGGAGUUGGAAGAGAUCCUCUAUCUCAAGAUGGAGACUCAGGGACUUGGAGCGACCCCAAAAGCUGUGUCAGUUGCCAUAGAUCUCCUUGGACGAGCCCGGGAUGGUCUGAAUUUUGGAAACGGUGGUGAAGUGGAGAACCUGAUUUCACGGGCCAAACGCAAUUACCAGUCUCGACAAUCAAAGUUGCAAGUCAGUAAGCGAUCGGUGGACUUUAUUUUUGAACCACAAGACUUCGAUCCAGAUUAUGAUCGACCUGAGGGUGCAGAGACAAAUCUUAGGGAACUGUUCAAAGAUGUGAUGGGAUGUGCCUCCAUCGUCGCUCAACUUACUGGAUAUGUGAAUGUUGCGAAACGUACGAAGAAGGUCGGAAAAGAUCCUCGAUCUCAUAUUCCAAUGAAUUUCAUAUUCAAGGGUCCUCCAGGCAUGUGCUACUCAGCAUCUCAGAUAUAUUAUAUUUUAGAUUUCCGUGUUGAUAAUUGAUUUUAGGUACCGGCAAAACGACAACCGCUCGCAAGAUUGGUCAAGUUUAUUAUGACUUAGGCCUUCUUUCCGAAGUCAGAGUCGUAGAAUGCUCCGCGUCUGACCUAGUUGGUCAGUAUGUGGGACAAACUGGCCCCAAGACCAUUAAGCAGCUCGAGCUUGGGCUCGGCAAAGUUCUUUUCAUUGAUGAGGCGUACCGACUUGGCCAAGGGCAUUUCGCUCAAGAGGCCAUUGAUGAGCUAGUGGAUGUCAGUGCUCUCCUUUCAUUUAUAAUAUGCAUGAUCACAAACUUCUACCUUGUGCAACAUCAGUUUUUGUCAUUUCGCUGAAUCUUGGAUUUCUAUCUCGUCGUCUUCCAACAUUAUCAAUAUUGACCGAGCUAUGUUCUAGUCCAUGACAAAGCCAAAAUUCGCCAAUAAAAUGAUUAUAAUUCUGGCGGGGUAUGAAAAAGAUAUGAAUGUAUUGCUCAGUGCGAACGAAGGAUUGAAUAGCCGUUUUCCCGAUGAGAUAGUAUUCCCUGCUCUAGAUCCAAGAGAUUCUCUUCUCGUCCUACAGAAUGCUCUGGAGAAAGAGGAAAUCUUGAUAGAGGGUUUGAAUAAUAUACUAAGUCACCAACCUUUCUUGGACAUGGUCGCAGAGCUUUCAGCCCUUCCUGCCUGGGGUAAUGCGAGAGAUAUGAUCACGUUGGCCAAGAGCAUGAUACGCGCGGCCUACCAGUCGACCACCAACUCAAUAACAGAGAGUCCAAACAUUAUUCUAUCAUAUGAUGAAGCACUAGCUUGCAUUCAAUGCAUGAUCGAUGGCAAAAAAAAUAGGGCUACCGUCCAAGGACAACCUAGGUUCAAUUCUUCGACAAACAGCCCGGUCAUGAGCAAGAUUCAGGAACCACCCGCUUCUUCUACAAUGGCCAUCAAGACCGUCAAUUCAAUCAAGAAAAAGGAAAGUGUUGAGGAAGAACAGCGAUCAAGUUUACCAACAGAGCCUGAAGCAUCCUACGAUGAAAUUGCUCGUGACGCAGGAGUCCCCGAUGCAAUAUGGGCUCAACUGCAACAAGACAAAAGGGCCGCCGAGGAAAAAGCCCAGCGCUAUGCGAUCGAGGUACGAAGACAGCAAGAAAGAGUUGAAGCACUUCAAGAGGCGGAAAGAAAAGCCAGGGAGGCAAUCAUGCAGGAAAUCGAGUCAAAACAUGAAGCCGAGCGCCGAGAACAACUUCGAUUGCGUGAAGAAGCUCGACUUCGCGAGUUGCAAGCAAAGGCUGAAAGAGAACGCAUCGAGAAGGAAAUAGAGCGAAGAAGAUUGGAAGAAGUAGAGAGAAGAAAAAAGGAGGCGCAGGCUCAGGCUAAAUUGAAAACCAUGGGGGUUUGUGUGGCGGGUUUUCAAUGGAUUAAACAGGCUGGUGGAUAUAGGUGUGCUGGUGGAAGCCAUUUUGUGACGGAUGGUCAACUUGGAAUCGGAGGAAAUUGAUGAAAUUGCCAAAAUUUAUUGUUCUGAUUGUCUCGCAUAGCUCGGAGGACUCACCUAUGACUUGAAUAUUUUACGAAGUUUAGUUUGGGGGUGUGUGGCUGGCUUCCUUUGUUUGUUACUCACACUUUUAGAUUGGCCAUAAUAUUGCAGUAUGCAUCACCCAUGACGCG